AGGGUCUGCAUAGGUGUGUUCCCUGUUGUUGUUGUUUGAAGACGGGUACUGAGCCAGCUUUUCUUCAGUGAGAUGGCUAUUUUGUGGUACACAUUACAAUUUCUUAGAUUUCCAAAUGUGCUCCCAGGUUCAAAAUGAUUUGGGAUCCCUGCCCUAUUACUACAAUACCACAUGUGCCUAUUCAGAAGUAUGUUCCAUGUGUUCAAUGGGGCUUUGUUCCCUGGAAAGUGUGUAUAGAAUUGUAGGCCAAUAGGCAUUUAUAUUCCACUGAAAAAGACAGCAAGGUUGAGAAGCAUCUAGCAACUAGAAUCACUACUCACUAUUUGAUGACAAGAACCAAAUAGGCAAAAUGAACAACGCAGAUGUAGUGUUUCUUAUUGUGGGGUUAGAAUCAUAAAGGAGAUACAAAAUAGUGUGGUUUGGCAGUUUGUAAUACUAUGCACAGCAUGCUGAAGCAGUGCAGCUGAAGCAGCAUGGAAAAAAAACCACCAUAGGAACUCUUUAAGUUAAUCAUGUCAAAAAAUCUAGGGACUUCCUUGUCAACCUUUCAGUGCCCACUUGUGGUUUCCCCAAAAAGGCAAACUGAAACCACAUCUAUUUACCCAGCUUUGCCGGAACCUGCCUGUCCCUACCUGUCCUAUGCACCAUCAUCAGUCAUCUGUGAACUGUAAACAGGUUUCACAAGAAUUUGUUUUAAGCAUUCACAAGAAUUAGGUACAAACGCCCCAUACGGCAAGCUUAAAAACUUGGUCAGAUGACAAAAGCUACAAAGCAGCCAUGAACACAUUUAGUCCUAGAGCACACUCUCCAGAAUGGCUGCACCUUUCAUUUGACAAAUUGGGCCCCGCAAAGGCUUAUGACACAGUGGAUGUGUAGAUCUUCAUGGUACUGCAGGUAGAGCUGUCACUUAUGCACCCCCACCCUCAAAAAAGGGGGUGGGGAGAGGAAAGGGAAAAGCAAGCACAAACUUGCAUAAAAACUGCACACUAUUGUUGCUAGAAUUUAAAAGGAAACACAUCUCUCCAUAGUGUGGAAGAUCUUCGUGCCUGCUUAGUCUGCUGCCCAGGUACAAAUUGCAGGUACAAUUGCUGACAGAUAACUUCAAGGUCCCUUCUGCUCUCUCUUCUGAUGUUUCUUUAAUCUUUAAAUUGGACAUGGACUACUAGGCAUCCCUUCAAACAGAGAAUGCCUUCAGAUAAAGGGCUGUUAUCUGACAGUUCCUCAAACAAAGGCAUAUCAUCUGUAAAACAGAGGUGACGCCAACCCUAAUACAGGACUUGUACGCUCUGCAACAGACUAAUAAGGCUUCCCUUCUAGAUCCACUCCCCCCCAGCAAUUGUGACAUCAACAAAAACAAAAAUGCCAAUGUGUUCAAUACAAAAUUGGAUAAAUGUGUGUAUUUUUAUAACUAUUUUUGUUAUUAUUUAUUAUUAAAGCACUGACAUCCUUGUGAGCCUGAAACACCAUCCAAAACCAUUAACGAAGGAAAUAAUUCAAAAUACAGACUAGGCUAGAUGAGAAAUGUGUAACCAAAUUUCUUUAGUUUUUGAACUUCUUGUUAAAAUGGCAGAUGCUAAUUUUUAUUCAUUUAAUUUUUUUUAAAAAAAUGCUUAGUCUGUCCCUCAAAGCAAGGCUAGAUACACUAACUCAAUUUAAAAAUAACACCAGUCAGCAUUAUAAUAUAAAACAAUAGCAGAUAAACGCAAAACAAAAAUAACAUCUUAAAACUAUAGCUCUAUUACUUCCUGCUACUCAAUAUCAAGUUAAAACCCUGCCCAAGUCUACACUGAGCUCUGUGCAAGGCUGCCUUUGAAAGAACUGGAAAAUUUAUGCUGGUACAAAAUGCAGCAGCAAAAGUGCCGGCUAGAAUCUGGUACAGCAAUCACAUAACACUAAUGUUGCAUCAGUUUCAUUGGCUGGCUCCCUAUUUGCUUUUGGGCCCAAUUCAAAUGGUAAUGAUUUUUUUAAAGCCUAGGACCAAACCACCAUCUUCAAUUGAAGCCAGCCUCCUAUCUCAGAUCUUCACAGUGGUAAUCCUGUUAUAAAUUCUUAAUGUUAGAGAUCGAAUGGGCAGGUAUGCUUUUGACCCUUUCCCCCUCUCUUCUAUCUCCCUGCUUUUACUCUUCUUAUCCAUGGCUUCCCCAAACAAUUUUGUUUCCAAAGUACACACCUUUGCUCAGUGGGGUCACUUUGAAAAGGGGCCUCGAAAUAAGUCAGAUGUAAGUACUGUACAGUCAGUGGCGUAGUGGGGGGGGGGACAAGGGCAGUUGCCCUGGGUGCAAAAUUGUUAGGGGCGCAAAGUUUCAACACCCGGUGCUGCCUCAAUACAGCUGUGCACUUUCACCACUGCAUUCCGUUGAAAACCAUUUCUCCAUGUGAACCAGGAAAUAACCUCUCCAGACAAUAGAACAACUUUCCUUUUCUCAUCUCUGCAGCUGCGAUUCCCUGGGUGACACAGAUGCCGUUAGGCAGUUGAAUGUGCAUGCAGGCUCCAGGAAUGGCUGUAGUUGCUGAGCAAGUCAUAGUUGGUAAAAGACACUUAUAGCCACUGAGGCUACCUGAGCCUCCAGUGACAGAGCUGGAUUCAGAAGAAUCCCCAAACUGCAAACCCACUCCUUCACAGGGUGUGCAACCCCAUCCAAUUACACGAAACUCAUCCUUAGAUCUAACUGCUCUUUGCAAUUCUGGUUUGUAAACUACCGGCAUGCUCAAACCAAAGUUCCAUCAUUCAGAAACUGUAAUUAAACUGUAGUUUAACAAAUCUGAAAGUCUGAAGUUUAUCUGAGUUUACAAGGGAAGAAAGGAAAGGAAACAUAGGGAGUAUACUGCAUGUGAUACAUUCCUGAUCAUAAUUUGCUGGACCAAGGAUGCGAUGUAUGAACACGGUCUUUGUAUUAUUUGUCUAAUUUGUAUUCCUGACAUUUGCGGGGGGUGGGGAUCUCAUCUUAAUUCUUGAAAACGAGGAACAAAUCUAGAAAAUUGGAUAUUUACAUUUAGCAGAGAAAACUCAGAAAAAGCUUUUAAUAAUUUGAACUAAUCUGAAGUUUAGUUUUAUUCAAAUGCCCUAUGUUAAACAUCAGAAACAAACUAUGUGGGUAAUAAUAAUAAUAAUAAUAAUAAUUUUUUUAUUUAUACUCCGCCCUCCCCAGCCAAGACUGGGCUCAGGGCAGCUAACACCGAAUAUAAAUACAGUAAAAACAUUAAAAACAAAACAAAAAAUAAAACAGUUGAUUAAAAUAUAAAUUAGAAUACAGUUUAAAAUGCAGUCUCGUUUUAGUGGUAGCCCGUUGAUCAAAGCCGUAAGGGGAGAAAACAUCAAAUAUUCACAGGGGCCAACUAUCCAUGCUGGUCCUACAUGGGCCAGCAAGAAGAGCCAAGGAAAUUUUUAUAUACAAAAUCCCAUAUAAGGGGUCCCAUCAAAAAAUAAAUAAAUCAAGAAUUAAUCAAGCUUGACAUUUUUAGCGCUCACUUAAAUUGUAACUACUACUUUUUGUGUUGUUGAAUGUGCAGCAUCAAACCUAAGUCAAAUACCUCUUUGUACAUUUGUGUACAGAGAUUAGUUCAAACCUGUUCAUCUAGUAUCAUGGCAGGUGAUAUUUGCAGAAUGUUGUCAGUGCCAUCAGUAUCUUACAGUCUUUUCUUCUAUAUGAACUCAUGUAAAACUUGUUUUGGAUCUAAGACAGUAUUAACACAGUUAUAGGAGUUCCGUUUUAAGCUUCCUUACCUAUUGCAGAAAGGAAUGCCACCUGUUUUUCAGACAGGGGUCAUGUGGCUCAUUUAAAUUGGAACCAUUGAUGGUGAUGAAUGCCCUAUGUAAUUGUUUAGAGGUGACUGGAGGGUGGAUGGCAGUUAAUGGAUUGAGGUUGAAUCCUGACAAGACAGAAGUACUGUUUUGGGGGAAGAGGGCAGGCAGGUGGGGGGGACUCCCUGGUCUUGAAUGGGGUAACUGUGCCCCUAAAGGGCCAGGUGCACAGCCUGGGGGUCAUUUUGUACUCACAGCUGUCCAUGGAGGCGCAGGUCAAUUCUGUGUCCAGGGCAGCUGUCUACCAGCUCCAUCUGGUACGCAGGCUGAGACCCUAUCUGCCCGCGGACUGUCUCACCAGAGUGGCGCAUGCUCUAGUUAUCUCCCGCUUGGACUACUGCAAUGUGCUCUGUGUGGGGCUACCUUUGAAGGUGACCCGGAAACUACAAUUAAUCCAGAAAGUAGCUGCUAGACUGGUGACUUGGAGUGGCAGCCGGGACAGCAUAACACCAUUCCUGAAAGACCUACAUUGACUCCUAGUAAAUUUCCGAGCACAAUUCAAAGUGCUGGUGCUGACCUUUAAAGCCCUAAACGGCUUCACCCUGUAUACAUUGUGGAGGAGCGUCUCCAUGCCAUUGUUCAGCCUAGACACUGAGGCCAUUCUUCUGGCGGUUCCCUCACUGCAAGACGUUAGAGAACCAGGCAGAGGGCCUUCUAGCAGUACUUCCCAAGAGGUCAAAGAGAUAAACAAUAUUAUUAUUAUGAGUCUCUUGCUCUGCCAGCUGAGCUAUCCCAAUUUUACAAAUUACAGUUGUAAAUUUAUUAGGGAUAGUUUUAGCUUUUUUUGUAAACUUCUUUGGGGGUUUUUUUCCUGCAAUCAAGCAAUACAGUCAUACCUUGGGUUACAGACGCUUCAGGUUGUUUUUUCAGGUUACAGAUGCACCGAAACCCGGAAGUACCGGAACGGGUUACUUCCAUGUUUCGGCAGAUGUGCCAAAUCGCAACACGCACGUGCGCAGACGUGCCACUGCGGGUUGCGAACGUGCAUCCCGCAAGGAUCACGUUCGCAACCCGAGUAUAUGUAUAACAAUCAAUCAACCAAUCAGUCAAGUCUGUUCCAGAUGAGGCUAGGAGAGACCCCCGACCCCGACAAGCUGCUGCUGCCAGUCAGUGCAGACAAUCCUGAGCUAAGGCCUUAAAGCAGGCUUGUAUGUUCCUAACCGCACUCCACACAUGCUCAAGGGUGGCGGGAGCAUUAACCUGAUUUUGUGUGCCUCUCUGGCAGGGCCUGCGCACUCUUGCAAAGGCAAGGUGAGGAGACCGCCUCAGGCGCCAGGACCUGCAGGGGCAGGAGAUCCCUGAUGUAGAUCCUUAGACCCUCCUGGUCGCUGGUGUAGCUGUUCUUCACUCACCCUUUCUUGCCUGGUAGGAUGGGGGCGCCAUUUUGUGGCGCCAAAAUGCCUUGGGCCGGCCCUGAUGUCUGGCAUUCAUAACCUGCACUGAACCCUAGAGGUGUGGUUGGUGAGGAAAAAAACUCUGUAUGUGAGUCAGAGAUGAGCCGGCUUCGUAACCCUCGAAGCCCUGACAGCCCUGGCCGCGCCCGGCAGCGUCUGUUACUGGCAGGGAAGGGUUGUUGUUUUUUCCCCGUCGCCUCAGCCGCCCUUCUCGCUGCCUCACACACCGGGCGGGCCGGUCCCAGAAGAGACCGCUGGGCGGAGCCAGCCCUGCAGGAGAGCAACAGGCCGGGCCGGCGGCCACUGAAGCCCGGACUGGCGGAGGAGCAGGAGGAGGCAGCAGCAUGGAGAACAGCCCGCGGGUUUUCGACAAGCCCAAGGUGAGAGAGCUGGGCGUCCCAGAGCUCGCCGUCAGCUCAGGCGGCUUUCCCGAGCCGCUGAGGGGGCGACCAACCGCCGCCGCCGGGCUCGCCCUGCCUAUGCACCUCUGCGGACCUGCCGGCUUCGCGCUUGCUCGGCAGGAAGCCCCGCGGUGCCUCAGCGGGACUUACUCCCAGGGAAGCGCGCCUGGCGGGAGGAUCCCUCCGCUUGCUUCCCUCUCCUGCCCUUCUCGCUCUGCCCGAGCAACUCCUCCCCACCUUCAUUUCCCCCUCAACGUUAUUUCUGUUUUUCUUGCCUCUUUAACGCCUCGGGGAGGUGCCCGCUUCACCUCUCCCUCAGACACCCGUUCCCAGAAACGGGGUCUCAGAAACAGAUGACCCAACUCCCCCCCCCCCCAAAAAAAACCCCAGUGGUAUUUUGUUGUUUCGUUACUAUUUGCUGCUUUAUAAAGGUAGUUGGGCUUCCCCGCUCUGCCUUAUAUGGGGAAACCCCAGCCAGAUGGGCGGGGUAUAAAUAAUAAAAUUAUUAUUAUUAUCAUCAUUAUCAUUAUCAUCAUCAUUAUUAUUAUCUGCCCCCUUCGCUUACCUCUGUAUAACCACCUCUUUUUAUUUCGGCUUUCCCCACUUUAUUUGCACCCCACUCCCAAGACCCCAGUUCCCUUUCAAUUCCUGCCUCUCCCUCCCAUCACCCUAUUACCUUUAAUGUUACCUGCCUUACUGCUCCUGCCUGAUAUACCUAGGCUCCCCUGGGAAAACGAUGGAAUAGAAAUUUAAUACAUAUAUAUAUAUAUAUAUACAUAUAUAUAUAUAUGUAUAUAUAUAUAUGUAUAUACACACACACAUACAUACUCACACAUACAGUAUAGCAAACUGCCUAUUCUCCCCCACUUUCUUCCUAUCUCUUGCAUUUUAUCUACCGUUGCACAUGUUCCUGCUGCACCUUGCCUGUUCCUGGCCUAAGUGUCCUCUUGCCUUAUCCAUCAAAUGAUAACAUUAGCAUUGCUACUCCUAUGACCUUUAGCCCCGCUUUGGGCAUCCUGUUUGUAGGUCUGCCCAGUUUCUAUCACCGAGCGUUACACAGAAAACAAGAUUUUGCUUAUCGGUUACAGCAUUUAUUUUCCACCAAGGAGCUCAAGGAUGCAUGGGGUUGUCUUCCCUCCUCAUUUUAACAUUCCAACAACCCUGUGGGGUAGUUUAGAAUGAGAGAUAGUGACUGGCCCAAUAACACCCAGUGAAACUUGUGGCUGAGUUACUCAUCAUUCAGAGCUUCCUGAUACUGUACUUCUGUCUUGCUCAUAGAUAAGUGCUGUUUUGGCCACGUCAGGAUACGCACUCAGAUUUAAGUACUGAUACAGAGAGUGAGCAAACAGUAUCUGGUUCAUCAAAGUGUUUUUAUUGUGCGACUCCUGCUUUUGUCAGUAAUUCAACGAAUGCAAUCUGAAUCUGAUUGCAAGCUAGACAAGCGCGACCUAACUCUUUUUUUUCUUUUUUCUUUACUACCCUUUGGGUAGUAACAUGAUCUGAAUGUAUGUUAAGACAUUCAUGAGUACUGUCUCCACGUGGAUGCAUACAUCCACAUUUUAUAAAGGGAAGUCAAUGGGUGAAAAUUUUGCUAAAUUGCAGUAUGCUUUUUUUUGGUGUAUUUUAGCAGCUCCUGCAACCUGAACUGCACACACCAACUUCAAGCAUAUAACUUUGCAUGAACCAUUUAGUAAAACAGCACUUUAUUUACCGUAUAUCCCACCUUUUUUCUUCAAGAAGCUCAAGGUGGUAGACAUGGUUCUCCCUCUCCUGAUUUGAUCACCACAACAACCCUCUGAGGUAGGUUAGAUUGAGAGGCACUGACUGGCCCAAGAUCACCCAGUGAGCGUCAUGGCAGAGCAGGGAUUUGAACCCUGGCCUCUGAGCUCGUAGUCCAACAGUCUUAACGACUAAUAAUAUAUAGAUCUAAUCCAUUCAGCACUGAUGAACUUGCAUCCAUUGCUGAUGGCACUGAUGGAUCUCAGGGCAGUUCACAAGAUAAAAACACAGAUUAAAAACAGAAAUACAGGGUUAAAAUAAAAACUUUUUGCUGGAACCAUCUUAUUUAUCUUCAACAAGGCUCAGCAGAAACAAGUAGGAGUGUUUAACAAACAAAAAACCCUGGAAACUACUUCAGUCUAUGCAGUAAUCAUAUGGGUUGUAUCUCUGACACUCGCCUUUGUUUAACAUUCAGUGACAGCACAUUCUGCUAGUCAGUAAAGUUCCAAUCAGCAGGGAAGUUCCAAAUGAUGAGGAAGUUAAAUAUGCAAUGCUGAAUUGCAAGAAUAAGACAUGAAGUCAGUUUAAAAAUAGCUUUUCUUUUAUGAUUCAUUGCCGUUUUGGGACACAAUAUCUUCACAUUUUUGCAGAAAUCUGAUAAAACAAGAUUUUAUGUAUUUACGAAAUAAGUGGUGCCAUUAGUCAUUACUCAGUGGGAGUAGUUAAACUUAGAUCCCGAUAUUAGGGUUAAAAUGACUUGGGGUAGUUCUGUGUUGUGCCAACUCAUUUCAUCCCUUUGUGGGUUUCUUCACUGCUCAAACUCAACUUAAUUCAUUAAAUAAUAAAGUUCACACAAAUUCAGUGAAACACAACCUCUUAAAAAAAUAUAUUGGUAGCAGCGAUAUUACUCCAUCCCUAAAAACAACAUUUAUUUAAUUUAAUUUAUUAGAUUUAUAUACCGCCCUUCAUCACAAGAUCUCAGGGCAGUUCACAAGAUAAAAACACAGGUUAAAAACAGAAAUACAGGGUUAAAAUAAAAACUACAAAACAAUAACCCCCUCCCACAAACACAUGUCAAAUACUAGAAUAUUAAUCAGCCAAAGGCCUGGUUGAGGAGAAAGGUUUUCGCCUGGUGCCUAAAGCUAUAUAAUGAACGUGCCAGGUGAACAUCCCACAAACAGGGAGCCACUACAGAAAAGGCCCAUUUUUGUGUUGCCACCCUCCAGACCUCCUGUGAAGGAGGCACAUGAACAUCUGGCAAUCUUUUGUAACACUUUUGAAAUAAGCUGAAACGUUGGCAACCCUUAGGAAACUGACUUUUACUGCUAUGGUGCAGUUGUCUGGACUGCCUUUCUCUGAUGCUUCAGACUCCAGAUAAUACAGUAAUGAUGACACUCAUGAUUGAUAUUUACAAAUUUCAGUAGGAUAUGUGGAAGAGGACAGUGCCAUAGGUUUGUCAGCUCUGGUUAUAAAUCAUAAGAUAAACCUUAUUGUAUGAGAUCAAAGGUCCAUGUAGUUCGGCAUCUUGGUUUAUGUUAGCUACCAGCCAGAUGCCUUUGGGAAAUCCAGAUGCAGGGACUACAAUAUUCUCUAAGCAGUUUAUUAUAAUAAAAAUGUUGACCCUAGUUUCUUAAGAGCUCUUUGCCCUCCCUAAGUAGUCUCAUUGACGUCACAGACUGAGGAGGAGUCGUCUCCUUUCUUCUGAUAAGUGGCAUCAGCUGGAAGACUUUUGGUAGUUAAGUUCAGUAUGCAUACUGAAGAAUUUGCAGUAUCAGGCUUCAGUGCUCCUUGUUUUAUUUAUAUAUAACAUCUAAGUGAGUUCUUGGUCUUUGGCUCUGAAUUUGUUUAUGAAAAGAUAAACAACAGAGGCAUAAUAAUCAUAUGGUGAGGCUUUCAGACUUGUACUGAAGAUAGACAAUUGUUUGGUUACAGCUAGGAGAAUUUCAACAAUACUGCUUUUGAUCCUCUUGAUCCUUAACAAUAUUGCUCUUGAUCCUAUUCAGAAUUGGAUACGUUCAAUGGAACACGGUUUGUGAAAUUUUAUUUCAGGAAUGCAUCAUCUAGAAACAAGCAAAAGUUUAUUCAUGCUUCAGGAGCAUUGUUUUUACCCAUAAAUAAAUUUAAUUCGUGGAUUAAUUAACUUCCCAGCUGCAUUUCUAACCCCAUUUACCAGCAGAAUUCUGUAUGACUUAUUCUGAGUUGCCAUGGUUAGGAUUACACUGCAAGAUUUCUUUAAUUGGAUGACAGCCAUCUAUCAUGCUUACAUUUUUAUUGUUAGAAAAUACAGCUUGUCAUAGAUUUGCAGUGCAAUGAGCCAAAUUUUAUUAAUGAAAUAAUUUUAAAAGCAAAGCAAUGUAAUUAGCAUAAUUCCACUAAAUAUGUUUAGUCUGAAAAAGUUAUGAAACAACAUUUUGGGAUCAAACCUAAAAUCAUAUGCAUGUUUCCAAGUAUCUGAUAAGAGUAAUUUAUUAAAAUUUAAUGUAGCAAAUUAGAUUGUAAAUAAUAAACAUGUAAUUAAUAAAUUAGAUAAAAUAAUAAACUGAGCUGUACUGCAUUUCUCUCCCAAUUUUGAACCAUCCAUUUAUUCCAGAGAGAUAUGUGGUAGCUGGGACAGGGCAGUUCAUUUGCCAUUUUCUCCCUGCUGAGAUGUGUUGAUAGUGGUUCCAGAAAGUAAUGUCUGAACAGGCUCCAUUUCAUUGGGUGGAGGGCAUUUUUUUUCAAGCUUUGCUGUGCUCCUUUAUACCAUUGAGACACCCAGUCAUUGUAUCAAUGUAAGUAUGUGGUACAAUGAGUUAGUGAGCCUGGCUGUUAACCAGAAGAUAGUUGGUUUGAGCCUGUACAGGGACAGCUGUGAGCAGGAUUCCUGCAUUGCAGGGUGUUGGAAUAGAUGACCCUCAGGGUCCCUUCCAGCUCUACAAUUUUAAGAUUCUACCAGGUCAUUUACAAUGCACUGCUCUUCCCAGUAUAAAAGGUUUGAAAAGAAGUCUGUAUGUAUUUGUCAAGCUGUAAUUAAUGAAACUGGUUGAGUGGGAAGAAGUAUUCUAGAGUAAUGAUAGUGUUGUGGACUUACUGUGAACUUAUUCAUCUACUAAAACCCUUGAGGCGUAGCAACAGCUUGUUGAACACUAGCAUUGCUAUGAUUUCACUUGGUUGCAUGAGUGUCUUGAGAUCACUUUGAUCCUUUCCCAGGGAGUGUAGUACAAUUUUAUCCAUGCCAUAUAAAUACCAUACCUCAGCUUGUACCAGUUUCUUUUGUUAGGAAGGGAAAUGAGAGUAAUGACUAUGUUUACGUCUCAUAAAUUAGAGGCUUUCUUUGCUACUAAUCUGAAAAUACACUUAUUAGUGAGGGGCAAUUCAGUACAAUAGAUGUCAAGGAAUCAGAGUAGUCCCCCAUUGGGCAGAAACAUAUUAGAGAAGUCAAGAAUUGGUUUAACCUGCUUUAUAUAAUUAGGUUUUAGUAAUAAAGUUACUAGUAAUAAAACAAUUUAAUAAUAUGAAAUUAAAAUGCAUCUAAAAUUUGUAUAAAUUUUUACAAGGAACUAUAAGAAAAUAAAUUCUUAAUGUAACAUAGAGAUCUUAUGUACUGCGCAAUCCUAAUGGUUUGUCAGAACUCUCACAAUGUGCAGCUUGGUUUGUAUGAGGUUUGAGCAGUUUUCUUUUUCGUGUACAGCAGUUGAAACAUUGCAUUGUGGACUUAUCAGAUCUAGACCAGAUCAGGCAGCCUGAUAGAUCUCUAGCAGCUUUUGCUAUGUCAGAGGAAGGCAUUGGAAUUUUGAAUACAGUAUAUCUUAAUAUGAGCCUUCUGCAGACUCACUGACUUACAGACAGGGUUAUUGUCAUGUACAUAAGGAGCCACUCUGGGUUCUUUGGGGAGGAAGGGUGGGAUAGAAAUUUCAGAAAUAAUAUGUUGGAAACAAAGUCUGCUACUUGUUGCUGAAGUGUACCACUAUUCUUAAACUAGCUGAAUACAUUCUAUUUUCAACUCACAACCCUGUGCUGCCUGGAUUGGGCAUAUUAUAGUGAAUAGUGUUCUGUUCUCUCCACUUCUCUGAGUGGUGAGAAGUUCAGCAUAUACUAGGUUUAGUUUUCUUUGGAAAGGGGUCACUGGAAGUGUAUGGUGUUCUGUAAUAUUUUGAGUGUAUUUACAAAUAUAUAGGUUGGGUGUAAGGGAAGGCAGGGCUUAAGCAUUCCAAGAUCAACUGCUCUCACAUCAGAUCUCCAGAGGGAGAAUGUCAGCACUCCAAAAUGCUGUUAGCUUGCAAAACCCAAAACUCACAGACAUCUCUUUACCACAAAAGGAAAUUACUAGUGCACUCAUGAUGAGCUAUGCUGCUUUUUACAAACAGGUUCAAAAGAGCGUCCAUAAUAGGCGUUUUCAUUGGGAGCAGGCAAAUGAAGCAAAUCUUGGAAUCUGAUAUGUCUGUGGCUUCGUCCUUCAUAAGAAGCUGCUACGCAACCAUCAGCCAAAUUACUAUCCUCAUUUUAUUUGUUUAGAUUGUGUUGUGUAAGCAGGCAUUAUGCAGAGAUCAGAGAGUAGGACUAUUUGGUUCUCUUUUUACAUCUGAAAUUUUGACACUGAGAAGUUGUCGUAAUUGCAAAAGAAACCAGAGGCUUUGGCUAGUAAGUUUCUUUUACGAAAGCUUAUCAUUUCCCUAUGCUGCUCUCGAAGCUGGUUUUAAAUGCUACCAACUUUCAAGUUGCUUGUAUUUUGCAGGAUGGGGGGAGAGAGCUACUGUGCUAAACUAAAAACUACGACUGCAUGCACAUAUCUGUCAGAAAUGUCAUUUUCCACUCUUAGGUCACAAGGGCUUUAAUGUAUAUUACUAUUCACAUUCUUUCAACUGUUUUGCAGGUAGAACUUCAUGUCCACCUAGAUGGAGCCAUUAAACCAGAAACCAUUUUAUACUUUGGCAAGUGAGUGAGUGGUUUUGGGUGGUGUUUUUCCUUUUUAUUUUUUCAGAAGCUCAUGCUUAGUCUGAAUUGUUUGCAAAAUGUUCCUUGGUCAUUAAUGUCUCCAGGAUAAAAGCAAAUGAAAUAUCAAAAUCUUUGAUCAGGCUUCAUUACUUGCAUUUUGUUAGUUUAACGCAAUUUUAGAGAGUAAGAUUCCACCUAAUUGUUAUAGAACAACUAGUGUGCUUUGGUAAGGGAAAUACAUCAAAAGCACAGUUUUGUGCAUGUGUAUGUCCCACUGUGUUCAAUGGAGCUUAUCCCCAGGUAAGGGUGCAUAGGAUUUCCCCCUCAAAGUUUGCAAGCUGCAGUAGUGGCAUGUUUCUCAUCAACUAUCCCGCUGCAACUAUUUCAAAAUCCAUCCCCAGCCAGGAAGGUGGGGGAAUCUGGGAGUCAGAGACAGAAAAGAAUCAAGCAAGGUAAGAAGUGUGAAAGAGCCUGAUUCUCUGCAGAGAACUAAAAGAGUCUAUUCAGAAUCAAGACUAUCACUGAUUGGUAUUGUUGUUUUAAAACUUUUUCCAGAUGUGAAAAUCUAUUUAAAAGUUCAAAGAUUUUCGCAAAUAAUAAACUAUUAUAAAUAUACUUCAGCCCUAACUAUUACAGCAAAAUGGGAAGGUCAUAUAAGGUUACUGCGUUAGGAAUUCAGAUUUGCAAAGGGGACUGCUUAAGGCCGAAGUCAGAUGCUUUUGUUUACAGAGAUACCAGUUUCUAUGAAAAAAGGAAAUUUGACAGAAGAACCAGAAGUAAGAGCCAUGAAACAUCUGGAGUACAAGAAUAUAGCUUACCAGCAAUUGUACUCCGAAAAGGGAAUUUGCUAUUUCAUUCGCCAGCACUCAGUUUAGUUUGGCUUUUAGCUGAGGAUGGAGAUUCUACACAAACAUUUCCUGAUUUAUUUAAUCAGAAAGCCAAGAUUCUACAAAUGUGUGCUUCAUUUACAUUCUUUGUUCAAUUGGUUUAAGAGAAUUGUCCUCAGGCUGUCAACUUUGCCUCCUUCAACAUAAGAACAAGAAAUUUUAUAAUAUAAAAAUAAAGACAUAAUUCCAUUAAUCACAUAGAGUCACUUUGUAUGUCGUUACAUAUGUUACAAUGUAUAUUUUUAUAGUCUUCCAGAGCAUAAGAGAGGAAUUAUAGACACAGAAAGUGCCAUCAGAUUAAUCAGUGACUACAUGAAAAAUAUCUAGGGCUUUCUGACCAUCAGUUUUCUUCACUGAUGUACUAAAAGAAUUUAGUUCAGAACUUACCCAAGUAAGCCUACAGCAGUUGAUACAUGUAUUUUGUUUAACAUCUAGGAAAAGGGGAAAACAUCUUCCUGCAGAUACAGUAGAAGGCCUUCUACAAUAUGUUAGCUACAGCGAACCUAUCAGUCUCACAGAGUUCCUAGAAAAAUUUUCUGUCUACAUGCCAGCAAUUGCGUGAGUAAAGUAACUUGCUCCAUCUUUACUGUUGUCAAACCUCCCUUCUAUCCCUUUGAGUCGCUGUUGAUGCAUGUUGCAUAGUAUAUGACCACCAAGCAAAACUUGCUUUGGUUUUGCCCUGAUUAUGUUUUCUUGCCAUUAAAGCAUUAGACCAAAAUAGUACAAACCUUUAAUUUGUGAGAUUGCUUAGAGAUCAGUGCCGUUAUUCCCGCUGAGAAAGAAACAGCCUGGUGUAUGUGACUUGCUGGUGCAUGGUGACCCUGUACCCUAUCAGUAGUUAAUGAGUGGAACAGGUUCAUAAACUAUCUUCGUCCUUGAAGCCCUGUGUGGGCAGUUCUAAAACUGCUGUCAGCAGGAUUGGAUUCAUUGGGACCAGCACAAUAUGCUUUCAGCAUAGCAAAAUGAUCACCAGACUACUGAACUGGUUGCAGAGCUUACUGAUUUUGACACAAAUCUCUUCAGGUACAUAGAUUUUUUGCAUUCUGAUUCUUGGAAUAAAUUCUGGUCCACAUUGACCAUCUAGAUCUUAACUGAACACAGGCUUAAUUGUAUUGCUGACAGGCCAUAUUUAGGAAAAGCACAACUACUGCUAACUUGAGAAAUAUGGCUUUUGGGGGAUUUUGAUUUGCUCUGUACUCUUAAUAGCAAAAAGGGGAGCCUUUACUUCCCUUCCAACUAGGAUCCUAAUUUGCAGGGUCGGGGGGAGGGAAAUACAGGACCAAGGUCACAGAUGACAACAAACAUGACAUUCCUUUUCCUCGAACCCUUUAAACUUUUAGUGGGUCACUUAGGGAUUAUUCAAAAUAGAGAGCAUACUACUUCCUGAAAUCCAAAUUAACAUCCAUUCAGUUGUGAAAGUAGCAACACUCUUAAAUCCUUAAAUAAUCAUUGAUUAGUAUGGCAUUGGCAGAUUUAGAGAAGCGCAACCCAUUUGCCCACACUGGGUGCUGAGCAAUGACAAACAGUGGAAGGCCAGAAAUGGGAAGGCACCAAAUUUUGGUAUUGCACAGGGUGCUGCUGAAAUUUUAAAGUCUGCCACUGAUAUGUGCCACGAGGUACACAUUUUGGAUGAAAAGGCAAACUGUGCUUUGCCAAUAGUGGCGAUUAAGAAAUCAAGAGGAGGCAGAGAGAUAGUGUGUGAAUUUGAAUCUCAUGCAACCUCAAACAGUAGUUUGUAUUACAUCUGAACUAUCAUGGUGUGUGAAUGCUAGUAACUGUCUAGGCAAGCCACAGUGUCUAAAAACUGGGAAGAACUGGGAUGUUUCUUUUGGAACCUACAGACUUCUUUGGCAUCCUUGAAAUUUGGCUGCUUAGGAAAUGACAGUGUUGGCUCAUAUUGUUGUUUUUUCAGAUUGUGUAUUAGAACUGACUCAUAGCUUACGGACACUACUUUUAAAUUUAGGCACUCAUAAAUAACAGAAAUGUCACAUUUUGAUGACUGGUAGGAGGACAUUGGCAAGUAGAGAAAGUGCUGAUUCCAAAACAGAAUAAGUACACAGCCCAUAUCCAAUCCAAAGUACACUUUGCUUUUUAUCUGACUUGCACACUUAGAACUACAACCACUUUCUUCAGCUCCUUAUCUGCAACUCUGUAUGAGAGUUAAACUGAGUGCCUUGCCACUUGGAUUGCAAAAAGGAUAGAAAAGAUUCAUUGCUGCAGCUAAUUGGCUACUUAAGUAUCCUGAAUUUUCCCAUUAGCCUAUGUAGCUCAUGCUCAAAUAGGAAAAAUGUUUUUCCUGCAUUAAUGUGGCAAACAUAGCUUAGCUGCUUCAUAAUAUUUUGGGUUUAAGAAUUGGACCAUAUAGGCUCCUUUUAUUUGAUUUUAAUUAUCGUGAGCCAUUUUAAAUUCCUUUGGGGAAACAGGAUAUAAAUGUACCAAAUAAAAUUUUAUUAAUCUGUGGUCAUAUCAGUCUUGCAAAUUCACAAGGGUUUGAACAGUGUGUUGCUGAGGUGUAGCAUUUUGGUCUGCUGAGAAGCAUUAACUCCCACAGCACCGCAUAUCCAUGUUUUGUAGAGUUUAGAUUGUUGAUUGACUGCAGCAAUUAUAGAAAUCAACGUUUUUUACAUUCACAGGGGGGACCGUGAGGCUGUGGAAAGAAUUGCUUAUGAAUUUGUAGAAAUGAAAGCAAAGGAAGGUGUAAUCUAUGUUGAAGCCCGGUACAGCCCUCACCUCCUAGCCAACUGCAAAGUGCAUCCUAUCCCUUGGAACCAAGAAGAGUGAGUACCUUCUUAAAGGUGUAAGAUAACACAAUAUAAAGUAACCUUCUUAAGAGAGGUAAAUAGCUGGUGGCAUACUACUAACUGACAGCAUGCAGUUCAAGAAAAUAUGUUGAAAAUAAGUACAUCUUCAAGGGCAAUGUGAAAUUCCUUCACAUGGCCAACCAGCAUUCUAGAGUCUAAAUAAUAAAACGUACCAGUCUCUUUGUUUAAAGCAGCCUUUCUCAACCUGUGGGUCCCCAGAUGUUGUUGAACUACAACACCCAUCACCCCUAGCUAGCAAGGCCAGAGCUCAGGGAUGAUGGGAGUUGUAGUCCAACAACAUCUGGGGACCCACAGGUUGAGAACCGCUGGCUUAAAGGAUGCUGCCCAUGCAUUUCUGAUAGAUAUGGUUCAACAAUGGAUAUCUAAUUGACUUUCUUUGCAUAUACUGUUGUUAUAUUUUCCCUAGAGAAUGAGAGAAAAGUAUGAAAGUGCACUGUUGUUAAAGUUAGCAUUUUAGGCUAUGUUCACUUUCCUGGGAGUAAAACCUGUUGAACUCAGUGUGGAUUAGUUCCACGUAAGCAUGCAUGAGCUUGUAGCAUUAAAGUCCAAUUGGUGUCAUAGACAGGGAUUAGGAACUGUUUAACUUUCCCUUAGAAAUCAGUGAUACUCCAAAAUUUCAUUCCCUAGUUAAAAUACUUCCAUGUUUUUGGAUCAUCCUCACAAGCACUCACUCUCUUAAUGGAGCAGCAUAUUUAGAUUCUUCAAAUUACAUAAAACUCUUUACUGUGCACAAUAGAAAAAUAACUAAACUUUCAACUAUAAAACAGAAAACGGAUAUUUAGAAAAUUAGCCGUUGCUUGAGGUAGACAGUGAACAGAUAGUAAAAUCUUGCACCUCAAAUAUGACAUAACAGAGUUGAAUAUUAGGUUACUGUAAUUAGUCAGGAGACAAAGAUCUCUAGCUACCCUUAUAUAGUUGCCACGACUUGCGUGCCCCCACACACCCAAAUUUAAAAUAGGUUACAAUAGGACUAUGUUACAACAGGUUGCAAAUAAAAAGCACCACAUGUAUAGGAUAAAUAAAAUAAGUAUUUGUGAUGCGCCCACAAUUAACAGAAUUGUUGAGGCUUGCCUUGUGUUUCUACCUUUUUGACAAGAAAAUAAUCUUAGUUUUAGAAUAUGAAAUCCACAGCUUUUGUAUUUACAGAGCACAUGAAGUCCAUCUGCCUUUAGCUUUCCAUUUUAGAAAGCAGAGCUGGUGAUUUAUCAAGCCUGUCGUGUUUUUUCCUCCAUCCCUCCUUUUCUCUGAGAAUGCUGCCACGUUAGUGAGACCUCCUGCCCCGAGUACUUCAUCCAUCUUGCCUGUGUGAAGCAGCUGUAAGAGUUCUUGGCAGAAGUUACUCUUAGCUGAAGAAAAGAACCAGAGCUCAAACACAAGCAUUUUUCUUCCCCAGCUCUUAUUUAAGAAUUAAAAAAAUCCUUGCAGUUUUGACUGUUACAGCUACUGGUUUGAAACCCUGCAGGUGAUCUUUCUAGCUCUUAAUUUGUUUAGAAGAAACCAGAGCUUUGUUUGACAAUACAUUGCUAAUUUGUAUAAGGGAGUUUCGGGAGUGAGAAUAGAGAAGGGAGGAAAGUUUGCUGCUUUUGCCUGCAAUUCCUGCCAGGGAAAACUGAAGCUGUGCAUGUUAAUAAAGAACAGGGAGGAUGCUAUUCCAGCUGGAAAAACCCAUUUCCUUAUAGAAAUACUCAAUGAUCUACCAUGGACAUUACCAAUACAGAUGUAAAAUUCAUUUGACUUAAUACCAAGAAUAGCACCUAGACCUUUUCUGGUAUGUUUAUAGUGCUUAGAAAAUGUUUUGGGAACUGCUGGAUCUGAAUAGAGGAGACAUCCUUAGCCUGAUUUGGACCACUGAUCCCUUGAGGACCAAUAUUGUCUGCUGUUGCCAACUCUGCUAUCUGAGGGCUCAUCCACACUUCCGCUUGCCCUGUCACUUUCUCCCUGGGAAAACCCACUCUUUACCACUGAAUUGGAGCUGACAUCAGUCAGGUUUUCUGUGAAUUGAUGUUUGUUCCAAUUCAGCGCUAAAGAGCGGGUUUUCUCGGGGAAAGUGGCAGGGCAAAUUGAAAACUGCUCAGACCAAACAGAAAACCUCUCAUACUUUGCAAGUGUGGAUGAGCCCUGAGAUCCUUUCAAAUGGAGAUGCUGGGGACUGAACCUGGAUCUUCUGCAUUCCUGUCAUCUGUUCUACCACUGAGCUAGGUUUUAUCUGGCAGACUUGUUUGCUGGUUGUACCCAGAUGUUGGUUGUACUGAGUCCUUUGUAAUUCAGCCUGAGAUGCAAGCAGCUUGGUGAUAGGAUUAUGAGCACUUCCUUGAGCACUGAUAAUUGGAAACAACGAUGUCCUAACUGAUCUCUUCGUAUUUUGCUUUGUACAGGGGAGACCUAACUCCAGAUGAAGUGGUUAGCCUUGUUAAUCGGGGGUUAAAAGCUGGAGAGAAGGCUUUCAACAUCAAAGCCAGGUCUAUUCUAUGCUGCAUGCGUCACAUGCCAAGUAAUGUAUUACAGGUCAUCUGUGGCUCUGAUUCUUACUUUAUCAAAUCUGUCUUGCUCACCUCUCUGCCUCCCCACCCCUUCCCCAUACACUGAGGUCAAAUCCUUUUGCAAAUAUAUCAGUAAGUAAUUCGUUGUGUUUAGAUGCUCAAUCACAACAUAACCUCGUUAACUAUUCUCACUUAAGUGUAGGCCCAGAGAUAGAAACAGAGGAACAAAUAGAGGCAGGAGGAAGAUAACUUCAUAUAACAAUAGCCAAGAAAACUUGAACAGGUUGCUAACUAUUCAGGCAUGAGAGAGUGGGCUAAUUUUGUAGUAAUUAGUUGGGAACUUUUGACAAGUAUGAAUUAACAGUGCAAUUGUUGUGGUUGGUGUUGGUAAUCUUAGACUUCUUCCACAGUUGUUCUUUUCUCUCUAUUUGCCAUCCUUCAUUCAUUCACUUUCUGUGCAUGGUUCUAAUGACGCAAUUAACAAAUUAUUACAUCCUAGUAUUUUCUACGUUGGCCUUCUAUUUUUUCCCUCAGAUAUUAAUUUCACCUAUAUGCUAUUUAUACAGCUACCUCUCUGCAAUCUAUUGACCCAGACCUACUGCUUAUGUACAUAUGUUAACUUAACCUAGCCUACCCCACAGCGCUGUUGCAAAAAUAAAAGGGGAGAGGGGAGGAAAACCUACACAAUCUUGAGUUCCUGGGUAGAAAAGAAAGAUACAAAUGUAUGCAUAAUUCAGCUAUGGAAUGCACUCCCAUGGGAAGCGGUGAUGACCUCCAACUUGGAUGGCUUUAAAAAGAGGAUUGGACAAAUUCAUGAAGGGUAAGGCUAUCAGUGGCUACUAGUGACAAUGGCUAUGCUCUGCCUUCAUGGUUAGAGGCAGUCUGUUUCUGAAUACUAGUUGCUUGGAACAGAUCCUCAGGUCCUGCCUGCUGGCAUCUUCUCAGCCACUGAGAACAAUAUGCUGAUCUAAUUCUUAACAAUAUCCCUAAGGCAAAUAAUAUGCAAGCCCCCCCCCCUUUUAACAUUUAUUUUAUCCAUGCAAGAAGUCUCAGUCAUACUUUAAUGCUUGUGUGUUCAUUUGAGUAGACAGUCAUUUUAAUGAUUGCUUUGUAUUGCUUUUAAAAGUUGUCACCAGCCUGAUGUUUUGCAAGAUAGAAUGUAAAUACUUAUAUGUAUUUAUGUAAGUGCAGGCUGUAAAUAAAUAAAUUUCUGAAUAAACAUCUAAAACUUCAUCUUCUGGGGCUAUUAAAUUGUGGGCAUAUGGACGUAUAAUACAGAAAUGCUUCUGCGCUAUUUUAGGCAGAUGUGGUUCUUCGAGUUCGUAAAAAGGUAAAGGGACCACUGACCAAUAGGUCCAGUCGUGACCGACUCUGGGGUUGCGGCGCUCAUCUCACUUUAUUGGCCAUGGGAGCCGGCGUACAGCUUCCGGGUCAUGUGGCCAGCAUGACUAAGCCGCUUCUGGCGAACCAGAGCAGCGCACGGAAACGCCGUUUGCCUUCCCACCGGAGUGGUACCUAUUUAUCUACUUGCACUUUGAUAUGCUUUCGAACUGCUAGGCAGGAGCGGGGACCGAGCAACGGGAGCUCACCCCGUCGCGGGGAUUCGAACCGCCGACCUGAUCGGCAAGUCCUAGGCUCUGUGGUUUAACCCACAGCGCCACCCGCGUUAAUUUCAAAUAGAGUUUAUAGUUCACAAGCUAGCAGCAGUGGAACAUGUGGCAUGUAGAGUGGCAGCUGUGCCCUCCCAGUGAUGGCAGAGCUGUGUUCACCAGGAAGGGCCAGGUGAGGCAGUGCUGGAUCAUAGAGUUGUAGAGUUGGAAGAGACCUCAGUGUCAUCUGGUCCAACCACCUGCAAUACAGGAAUCUUGCCCACAACUGUCCCUGGGUGGACUGGGCUCAUGUUCUGCUUUCUGGACUAAAAAUAUUUUGAUCUUAGAAGAUGUUUGUUGCCAGAAUUUUUGGAGAAAAUGGCAGGUUGGAUAUUAAUGUCUGCUAAAUGUAGCUGAAGUGUCUGAAAUGAUUACAGUGAGGUUUGAUCUUUAUUAAAUGACAAAACAAAUUGCCUUAAUGUGUCGGAGCACUACACAGUAGGUAGUUAAUUGUUAACAACAUGCUAACUUAUCUCUGCUCUUUGCUGAAGUAUGGUUAUGUAAUAAAUUAAGAGUCCACAUACCAUCUUAAUCACAGAUUGCCAAGCUAAUGAGAAUUUUCUGUCUUGAGUUUUGUGAAAGCAGCAGUCAAUUAAAGUUAGUGUCAGUGAAGCUUUGUCUAUGCCUUGAAACUUUGGCAGGUAUUAAAGAUCUUGCUGAGCUAAUUUCAAAAUAUUGCCUGGAACUUAGAACAGCCUUUUUACAGCCCAGUCUUAUAUAUUUAGGUGCACCUAAGUCCAUUUAUUUGAGUGGACUAUGGCAUACCUUACUUUGCAUUGAACUGGAUUGCAAGUUGAAAGGAAGCUGCAAACAGGCAGAAGUUCAGAUCGGUCAAGCCUCUUGGUAUAAGCUGUUGUUUGUACUAUCAUCUUUAGCAAACACCUGUUUUAUAAAAUAAUAUUGCAAUUGGAACACCUAAAAACAGGUGCUUUGCUGUGUGCAGUACAAACAGCUGUUCUUAAUAAAGAGCGGUCAUUAUAUCUUUUUAGGCACCAGGCAAAAACAUUCCUCUAUAACCAAGCCUUUGGGCUUUAAGUACCUGUGGCUUUUUAGAAGUGGGUGGGAUGUUUUUAAAGUCUUUCUCUUUCUUCUUGGUUUCAAUGUAUCUAUGUGGAGUUAUUGUCUGUCUGGUUGUAAGAUGCUUUGGGCAAGAUAAAGUGACUGCAACUUUAAUAAAUUAAUAAAAAAUGUGAAGUGCCAUAUUUUUCCAUGUAUAAGACGCCCCCAUGUAUAAGGCAACCCCUAUUUUUCAGCCCAAAAUUAAGAAAUAAAUUUAUUUAUAUAUUUAGUUGCAACAUUCUGUGUAUAAGAUGACCCCCAAUUUUAAACUUAAAAAAUUGGGGGGAAAUAUAGUCUUAUACACAGAAAAAUACAGUAAGUGGAGUGUACCUUAGUACCCACUCUGUUUCAGUUUUCUACAACCUGGUCCCCUCCUAAUGUUACGCUACAGCUCCCAUUAUCCUUGAAACACUGGCCCUGUUGGCUGGUGCUGAUGGGAGUUGUAGUCUAACAACAUCAGGAGGGCACAAGAAUGGGUAGGGCUGCCCUAUUUCUCCCUUUCAUUUGAACCAGGUGCAACCUCCGUAAUGGGUGAUGGAUGGCUGUGGAUGAAUAAAUAGGAAGCUCAGUUUAGACAAGGCAAAUAUGACGAUGGAAGAUUCCGUUGAUGAGAUAUUUGUGGAAUUGGCUGUUCCUGAUAGCAGGAUUGUUUUACAUGGCAGAGCCAGCCAGAAACCCAGGUAACCUCCUCAGGAUCACUGGCAGGGCUGGAUCUGCUGGAGGGUGAUCAUCCCUCUGCUCUUCCACAUCUGAACCUCAGGUAUGGGCAGGAUUGAACCCUGAAGUGCUUUGGCUGCUUCUUCUUUGGUGAUCACUUGCAGCCAAGUAGGAUAGUCUUCCAUGAAUAUGGUCUUAACAGUGUGUCCAUAAGCGACUGUUGAGGCCAAUUCUGGAUCCGCACAUCCUUCCAUAGUCAGGACAUAGGUUUCCAGUGAGGAUUUGCCAAACGUGCCUUCCUCUUAGCUCACAGCUGGAAGUCACAGAAUUGACUGCUAUGGUUAUUGUUUAAGUGAUUUCCAUAUUAAGCUUCUGAAAAUGUAUUGGCAUUUAUACUGAGACUUGUCAAGACAGAGUUAAUCCACUGCUUUAUAAGGAAAGGGUCACACUUUCCUGUUAGUGUGUGGAAAUCUGACAGCUCUGAUAUUAUGAAUGGCAUUGUGGUUGGAAUGACUCAAGUUCAGGGCCAAGAUAAUCUGCAAUACAGAUAUAGUCACUUGCAUAACUAACUCCAUUGUGACUUCUGUGCUAACCCUGUGCUUACUCAGAACUGUAGUUGAGCAAUGAGCAAUAAUACAGCUUUCAAACCAGCUAUGGAAUUAUGUAGUAACAAGCAUGUCUAGAGGAAAUUGACUAACAAAUGUAAAAAUAAUAAUAAUAGGAAACAGUUGUGAGUAUCUCCUGAAAAUAUCUUCUUGAGGAGGUCUUCUCCAAUAAAGUCUAACCUAAAUAGUCAAAUCUGAAUUAUAAGUUAACUAUUGCCUGAAGAAAAUAUUUGAACUCACUGCUCCUUUAUUUUCCUUGCGGUUGGCCCAGGGCAAUAAUGAAAAGAACCUUUGCAAUUACAGAUUAGAUAAUGAGAUAUCCUUCCCCUUGUUCUUUCAAACACUCCGAUAUACAUGACCUUAAUGCAGGGAUAGCGCUUCAGCGUAAGAAAGCAUGGAAGCUGUUUAGAUUAGACAACAGCAGACAUAUUUCGCUGUAUGGACCUUUGAAGUUGAUGUUUAAGAUAGAAGACCAACUGUCCUCUAUGCCUACGUUAAAUAACAUGCAAAGAGGUGUUCUUGUUGGGUUAAAAGGCUGUAAACCUCCCAUUGCCUUAAAGUCUGUCUAAGCGUGAACGAUUCAAUACCUACCUGUUUCAGCUGGUAUUCAAUAACCAAAUAAUAAAGGCGGAAAAGAUCUAGAGUGACUGUAUACUGUUUUUUUAAUUAGCUGAUUAGUUUUGAUGGUUUGCUUUCCUUGAACAGUUGCCUACCCAGAGCACUUAGGAAGUGGUACAAUAAACUACAUUUGAUUCACUAAUAUAGCAAUUACUUGGACGUCUUCAGUUGUAAAAAAGAAAGAAAGAAAGUUUGUUGGUGUUGCUUUUGAAGUUGGGUGUGUGCGUGAGAGAGAGAAUGCAGUACUGUAUACCUGUAAACAGUGCUUGAAAACAGCUUCUGUCAGAACACUUCCCAUUAAUUGGCUUUUAGGGAAACCAGUUAUAUUUUUAUUUCUUAAAAAUUGUCUGCGUUGCAUUCAAACAAACUCAGCUAACACCCUGGGUGCACCCUGUUUAUUGUAUUUCAGUUUAAAUUCCAUAGAAUAAUACAAGAAAAUACAAUAUAUAAGAAAUAAAAGACACAAUAAAUAUAGAGUUAAAAAUCAGUGUGAAAUUUUAAUGUGAUGGGUGUGCCAUCUCCCAUCUUCAACUGUCUUCAGCCACAAAUCCAGACAUGUCAUGGACUAUCUGAAUGAAGUUUGGACUACUGGUGGUCCACAGACCACAGUUUGGGAACCCUUGGAUUGGAUCAAUGAAAUACAGUGUGUCAUUUUUCUCCGACUUGUAAUCAUGCGUAAAUUAUAGUGGUCCAUGCACGAAGGAGUGAGUAGAGUAAUGCAAUAAUUGAUGGGAUUCUAGAUUUUUAAAAAAAUCAUGGUGCAUCCAGAGUGUUUGCUGAGUUUGGUUGCAUGCCAAACUUACAGUUUUCUAUGAAAUCAUAACUAGAGUUGCUGAAAACCAAGAAAUGGAAAGGGUUCUGGCAGAAACUGCUUUCCAGCAAUGUUUGCAAUUAUAACGCAAAUCUUCCUCCCCAUCCUCUCAUACACACACUAUUAAGAUGUCCUCAGUACAGUGGUGCCCCGCAAGACGAAUGCCUCGCAAGAUGGAAAACCCACUAGACGAAAGGGUUUUCCGUUUUUGAGUUGCUUCGCAGGACGAAUUUCCCUAUGGGCUUGCUUUGCAAGACGAAAAUGUCUUGUGAGUCUUGAGAUUUUUUUUCGCUUUCCCCCCCCUUUAUCUAAGCCACUACGCCUUUAAUAGCCUUUUAGCAGCUAAUCCGCUAAGCCGAUAAGCCUUUAAUAGCCGCUAAACCGCUAAUAGCGCUAAUCCGCUAAGCCGCUAAUAGGGUUGCUUCGCAAGACGAAAAAACCGCUAGACGAAGACACUCGCGGAACGGAUUAAUUUCGUCUUGCGAGGCACCACUGUAUUUUAGAAGAGGCUUAUAUUUGCUUUCUAUUUUGUCUGGCAGCUGACCCAAUUAAAUCACACCUAACAAGAUGCUUGGCAUUCUCUGAACUCCUGACCUCCGGACUUCACAGCUUUUGUAAAAAUAGCUAUUGUUGCAAGUUUACUUUUUUCACAGGAGACCAUUUUAGGAUUUGUAUUUUUCUCUGAUUCUGGAUAGCUUAGUGGCCUGCAUAAUGUGCUUUCUAUAGAACCAUGGUGUGUGUUUUUUUAAUUGUUCUCUAUCAAAGCAAGGUGGGCAUUUCCAUGCGCUCUGGCUUCCAUCACGGUGUUCCAUUGUGCCAAAAGCGGUUUAGUCAUGCUGGUCACAUGACCUGGAAAGCUGUCUGUGGACAAAUGCCGGCUCCCUUGGCCUGAAAGCAAGAUGAGCGCUGCAACCCCAUAGUCACCUUUGACUGGACUUAACCGUCCAGGGGUCCUUUACCUUUUUACCUUACCAACAAUUGCCUGAUCUUCUCAGAAGGCCUUGUCAAAGGAGGGAAACUCUAGAAAACAAAGUGAUGUUUUUGUAUGACAAAUAUUUUCCUAUACAUGGGGUGUGUGUGUGUGUGUGUGUGUGUGUGUGUGUGUAUGUCAUUGGCAGCUGCAGAAACUCAGCUGUAUCCUUACAAGAUUGUUGUGCUUUUCUUUCCAGGCUGGUCACUGGAAGUGGUGGAACUGUGUAAGAAGUAUAAGAAUGAUACAGUGGUUGCUAUAGACUUAGCUGGCGAUGAGUUGAUAAAUGCUGAGACCUACCCAGAUCAUCGGAAGGCUUAUGAGGUUUGUUCAGAUGAUAUGAGUAAGGAGCCAAAAGAACAGGAUUGGGGGGAGCUGGGUAGUUCAAAACCCUCAGUGCCUGCCUUACAUGCAAUCUGAGAAGAACAACAUAUAAGACUCCCAUUCCAGGGUUUUAUUAUUAUGCACUCAUGUAAAACUUGCUACAUCUUUUUAUUAAAACGGGACUGGUCUACAGGUACGAGAACCUAAUCCCAACUGCUAGCAAACCUUCAGUCACAGACAGACUAGAGAUAAGAAAUGUUUGGCUAAACCUUUCCAAAUAGAAGAUUGGUGUAGUUACUCCUCUCUGUAAAUUCACUCAGGUAUAAAUUAAUAUGCUUUUGCUGGAUUUUUUUUAUCAACCAUGUGAACAGUUAUACAUAGGGUUAGAGGGUAUACAGUUGCUCCACCAGUUUUAGCCAAGGACUCUUGGGUGCCACCGACUGAUGCUAGGCGCUUCUGUGAAAGACUUAAGACUCUUGGGGGUGUGAGAAAUACAUUUUCCUCCAGACUAAAAGCUUGUCCACGCUUACCUUUUGCCCUAGUCUUUCUAGGCACAGAUCCAAGCUUAAAACCUCUUUGUCUGAGCAUUUCCCACUGCCCUGCAACCUGCACAGCUUCCUCUGUUUUCCAUGUUUUGCCGUUUCCUCCCAUUAAGAUUUAAAGAGUGGGCUUCUGCAGGGAAAACUCGGAGGGUGUGCGUGUGCUCAGACACGAAGAUUUAAAGCACAGACCAUGCCUGGAAAGAGUGGAGGAAUGGUGCCAUAACAUGUAAAAGUGGGAAGGAGAUAGGGAAGGAAAUGUACUGCUGCUAGGCUUAUUGAAAAAUCUUGGUAUCAUUGUUACCUUCGGUUACAAUAAAGUUAUUCCACCAGCAUUUGAAGACGUGCCCAAGAACUUUCAAGCAGUCUCCUGUUUUAAUCUCCAAGGAGCUUUUUUGCAUAGUUUAAUUCCACAUGUUUAUGUUUUAAUGGAAUGGUUUUAUUGUGUAUUUUAACAAUGCUGUAAUUGUGUUUUUUAUUGUGUUUUUUAUAUUUUGUAAACCACUUUGAGCCUAUUUUGGCAUUAAGUGGUAUUUUGAUACACAUUUUAUCAUGAUUGUUGUGAAGCAAAAAGUGACAAUCUUUAGUUUUACAUGUAUUUUAAUAAAAUAACAAAUUUUCCUCUUUGGGAGAAAUACCAAUUUUAAGCAGAUUUUUCUAUUGUGCAUAUUCCAGUUUUUAGCAGCUCUGCUUAGACUACAGCCAAAGAAAGAUAAAGUAGCAAAUGCUACCUUGAGAAAUUCUAUGGAUCUCUAGCAUUUGCCAGUCAGUUUUUAUUCUCUUCCUUGUGUUUCCUUUUAUUCAGGAAGCUGAAAGAUGUGGCAUUCACCGAACUGUUCAUGCUGGUGAGGUUGGGCCACCCAAGGUUGUCAAGGAGGUAAGAAGUUGUACUGCAGAACAAACAAACAAAAAAAGGAUGUUGUGUCAUUGGAAAAGCUGACAAUUGACACUGAAUAUACAGCAAACUGUAGAAUGUACAAUUUGAACAAUGGGGGAGAGGGAGAAAGGAGAGCUCUGUUGUGACUGAUAGGUCAAGUUUGUAAUCAGAGGGAACAAUUUUACCUAGACUCUCCAUUUCCAGCGUCUUGAGGGUGGAAAGUGAAUCCUAUUUAGUUCUUUCUCCCUUCCAUUCAACUUUAAAGGUGCCUAGUUCAAAAAUCGCUAGACCGAUUUGUGUGCAAUUUUGAUACUUUUCCCUAGAGCCACCUCUCAUAUCUGCAAUUUUCAGACCACAGGAUGCUAAGGGAGACUAAAUGAUUCCUCUCUUUUUUGUUACACACACCCCAAACUGUAAGAGCUGCCCUUGCAAGAAGACGGCUGCAGCUACCCUUCUGAGAUUUGGUGGGAUUCGUCUCCUCACAAGGGGCAAACAUGCAUGUAUGUUUCAUCUAAUUCUUACAAAAGAUCAAAACAGUUAUAAACUGUUCCUUUAAAAAAAAAAAAAAGCCACCAUUGUGUGGUGUAAUUUCACAGGAGUAAUCCACUCAGGAGAGGCAAACAGAGCUGCACCCACUUCUGUAAAAAGACAAAAAAAGUUAUACCAGGUGUUUAAUUUCUGUCUUCCACCCAUCUCUCGAAUUUGAUUGUGAUUUGAGUGCAAGCUACAUAGCUUAAUCUUUCAGGUAAGAAAACUAUUGCUAUUUGCAAAAGACAGUGCAUUGGAGAUCAUAAAGAGAGGAAGGAAUGUGUGAGCCCAGUGCUUGUUCAUGUAAUGACAAACUAAACCAUACACUCCCACUUUUUUAAAUAUUACAAUCCAAGGGUUUUGGGGGGUCUCCAGAAGGCCUGUGCCAUACAUAGUAUGGCUGUGUUUCUCCCUCAUUGCGAGAAGCAAAGCUACAGGGAACCAGGCAGAGGGCCUUCUCGGUAGUGGCGCCCGCCCUGUGGAACGCCCUUCCAGCAGAUGUCAAAGCGAUAAACAACUACCUGACAUUCAGAAGACAUCUUAAGGCAGCCCUGUUCAGGGAAGUUUUUAACGUGUGAUAUUUUAGUGUAUUUUUGGUUUCUAUGGAAGCCGCCCAGAGUGGCUGGGGAGGCCCAGCCAGAUGGGCGGGGUAUAAAUAAUAAAUUAUUAUUAUUAUUAUUAUUAUAAAUAAGCUUUUAGCAGAUUGUGACAAGUAUACCUUAUAUAAUAGGAGUAAUAGCUCAAAACAAUUUAUAGAGCUGCUCUCACUUUAAUGCUGUGGGCUGUAGUUAUCGUGAACUGUGCAAUCAAGAGUAACCUAAUUAGCAAAAAGUUGAUUCUACAUUCCCACCACCCCGUCUUUCAUUAUAGGCAGUCAACAUCCUAAAGGCAGAGCGAAUUGGCCAUGGCUACCAUGUCUUGGAAGAUGAAAGUCUAUAUAAACGGCUGUUGAAAGAAAAUAUGCAUUUCGAGGUAAUGGAAUGUCUUUCAAGUCUCCAACUCUGUUACGUGAACCAGAUAAUAGCUGCAGUUGAUAUUAACAGAGGAAGCUGCCUUGUAUCAAGGCAGACCAUUAGUCCAUCCAGCUCAGUAUAUUCUCCCUUCACUGACAGCCACUGCCCAGCAUUUCUGAGUUAUGAACAUAGGUAUUUUAAAGGGGAUGUGUACUGAUUCUGUUUUGUUUUUUAUAUAAAUAUACAGAUCUGCCCUUGGUCUAGUCACCUCACUAGUGCAUGCCCAACCAGCUUCAGUAAACAUCCAUUAGUAAGGUAAGGAUUUGGGUUGGGGUUUUUUUUUAUUUAAUUAUUCUGACAUUGCUUCUCACUUAUUGGAUCAAAAUCACUACCCAGUUAUCAGCUCAAAUCCUAAUACUGAGGCGAGCCAUGAGGUUUAAGCCUCCCAGUUUGCCAUCUAAUAAUAAUAAUUUUAUUAUUUAUACACUGCCCAUCUGGCUGGGUUUUCCCAGCUGCUCUGGGUGGCUUACAGCAUAUAUAGCAACAUAAUAAAAUAUCAAGCAUUUAAAACUUCCUGAUACAGGGCUACUUUCAGAAGUCUUCUAAAAGUUGUGUAGUUCUUUAUCUCCUUGGCAUCUGAAGGAAGGCUGUUCCACAGGGAGGGUGCCACUUCUGAGAAAGCCGCCUGCCUUCUAGAGCAUUCAGUUAGCACUUUAUCUAAUUUGUCUUUUCUAUAACAAAGAAAAGUAACACAGUAUGACAAGAAAAUAUACAUUGGAUCUUAUAUUAUUCUUAAGAUCUGAGAAAACUUAAUAUGAUUUGAUGUAUGAUAAAACAUUUUUUAGUGAUUUCUCCCCCUGUGAUAUUUUCUGCGGAUUACUUGAAAUGUGUUGUAUCAUGUCACAUUAUUGUACAGUGGACGCUCGGGUUGCGAAUGUGAUCUGUGCGGGAAGCACGUUCACAACCCGCAGCACUGCAUCUGUGCAUGCGCAGGUCGCGAUUUAGCGCUUCUGCGCAAGCGCCGAAGCCCGGAAGUAACCCGUUCCGGUACUUCUGGGUUCGGUACGAUGCGCAACCUGAAAUCGCGCAACCCAAUGCGUCUGUAACCCAAGGUAUGACUGUACAGUGAAAAAUAAAUAAAAAGUAUAUUUGGUGUUUGGACUGUAGUUUAAUGGAAAUUGUCUAGGAGGUUCAAUACAAGUGGGAUAGAAAACAGGCUUCACUAUAUUUUUCCCCAUGAGGAAAAUGCAAAUUAUACUCUUAAAAAAACCCUGAUGUUCUUUCAAUUCUGCUUUUUUCAGGUUUAUGAAAGAUGAAGCAAAUUAUUCCUUGAACACGGAUGAUCCACUCAUUUUCAACUCCACAGUUAACACGGAUUACAAAAUAGCUCGUGAUUGCAUGGGCUUCACUGAGGAAGAAUUCAAGAGGCUGGUAAAUUAGUUUCGGUUUUUUGCAUUGGUUGUGCUUGAUCCUAAACAUCUUUGCUUUGAAAGAAUAGCUUACUUCCAAUUAAGCUGUGCUUCGAUCUGCAGCCAAAGUAAAUCUUCUCAAAGUUACUUCUCCAAAACAGAAAUGGCCUUAUAGGAGCUCACCAUAAUGGGCAUAGAGCCACAACUGCAGCCUGUCCAUUUCCGUGAAUUGUACCCCACACCUGCACCAAAUCACAACUCUAGAUUGUAGAGGUAUGGUGAGAUUCUUAAUGCCAUAUAGACAGGCGCAGUAGUCAGUCAGCUCACCACAUAAUCAUAAGACCAUUGCAGAAAGGUUACUGCUUUGUAAAUGGACAUCUUAAUUCACAAUCUGUAUCUGCAUAUGUUCAUAAACUUUGUCAUUGUGUAAAGCACUGAUGCACUUCAACCCAUGCUCUGAUUGAUAGAUUUAGCUCCUUACUUCAGAUAAUAAAAUAACCAGGAAAUGGAGUGCUUCUUAGCUCAUUAAGGAGUUGUUGAGAAGAGUAAUUCUAUAUAAACUCAUUCAAGUGCUUAUUACAGGACACAGUGUCCUUUAUUGCAGCCAUUGUCCUCCUCCCCACUUCAUAGCUGGAGUGUUUCCUCACCCAUUCUUGAAACAAUUUUUAGCUGAAUUUCUACUUACCCAGCCAUUCAGCCCGUCUUCCUUCUUUUCCAGAACUGUCAGUUCUUUGCUUAGUCAUUUUUUAAAAAAUGGGCACAUAUCUGCCCAUUCACCCCAAGAGCCUUGUUGACUUGGUAUGUGGGAGCCUGGAUAUAAUUGUUUAUUUUAAAUACUGUGCCCAUAAAAAGGAAAAACCAAGUAGGAAGAAAGCAUGUGGGUAUGCAAAAAAUAUAUUAGGGUUUGACUUAUGAAAACAAAGGCACAAGGCAUACAAAUGGAGACAAGUGCUCAGUUUCACUACAAGCCAGGAAAAACAAUCUCCAUUUACAAUCUCUCUGGAGAAAUGUUGACUCAUCUUGGCAGGCACAUUACAUGUCAGGAGGAAAGAGAGUGCUGAGUCACCACACCGUUUAGCCAACAAGCCAGCAUAUGACAUGUUAUUUAUGUAGCAGCACUACCAACAUAUCUGGCACUUUACAAAAAAUGAGGUGAUAGGUUCUUGCUUCCAGAGAUCAGCAGUUAAACUGCUUCUGGAAGUCAAAACACGGAACCAUCUAUUGCUUGCAUUGCUGCGCUCUCAGAGCAGUAUUUUAGUUUUGAACAAUAAGCCCACAAGGCUCCAACUUUUGUGCAUCACCAUGGUUUGCUGCCAGUGGUUCACACCAGCCUGGCAGGUAAGGAGUUUGGGGGGAAGAAGGCCACUAACAUAGGGCAGCUCAUAGUCUGCUUCUCUCACCUACGGAGACUAACCAGGAGAUGUGGCAGGUACCACCCAGCCGUUUAAAGAGGUUGAAAUGUGAGCCCUUACCGCUAAGGGUCACCCCAUGAGGACAGGUUGGGAGUCCACUUGUUCCUGUCUAUGAUCCCUGCAUAAUGCCCCAGACCUGAAGUCAUUUUGACACAGACAGUAAUAUGAGAACAAAAGAGAAGUAUAAACCUUUGUACAGAGGUACCUCGGGUUACAUAUGCUUCAGGUUACAUACUCUUCAGGUUACAGACUCCGCUAACCCAGAAAUAUUUCCUUGGGUUAAGAACUUUGCUUCAGGAUGAGAACAGAAAUCGUGCUCCAGCGGCAGCAGGAGGCCCCAUUAGCUAAAGUGGUGCUUCAGGUUAAGAACAGUUUCAGGUUAAGAACGGACCUCCGGAACGAAUUAAGUACGUAACCAGAGGUACCACUGUAGCUGUAAUGAGGAAGGUAUUAAAAACUCAGAACCCUAACACUGGCAACUUGGACAUGUCCCAUAGCAUAGGAAUGACCAGCAAAGGCAUAAAAUUGGUCAGGCAAGGAAAACAUUUGUUUGACUUUUAAUGGGUCCUUAAUUUAUAAGCCAAUGCAUAUCCCCCAUCCCAUCAGGGAGCAGGGCUGUACUGCUUUGUCGCACAGCUUUCCCCUGCUGCAGCCCCGACAUCUGUAUAUUAGGCAUGGACAACUGAAAGGAGAGAACCAUGUGCAUUUCUGCACACUUAGGUUUCCCUGGGAGCUGGUGGCAGUGAUGGUGGGCCGCUGGAAUGAGAAGUGGGCCAAGUGAUUGAAACUUUGAUUUUCCCAGCAGGAACCUCUCUGAUUUCUAAUACUCCAUUCCUUGAGUGUGACCGUGAUUACAGAAGCUUUGUAGUAGUGGUAGUAAAAUCUGGUAAUACUAAUUUGCAUGCUGGAGGUCCCAGCUUUAAUCCCUGGAAUCUCUACUUAAAAGUUCUGUGGUAGGAGCAGCGCUGGGGAAAUGCUACCUUUGAUUCCAUAGAGCCCUCACUAGUCCUGAUAGAUAGAUGGAUCAUUGCUCUCACUUGGCAUAACACAGUGUUGCAUCAACUGAUUACUAGAUCUCUGGAAUAUGACUGUGUGUGCUUCUUAAAGUGCUCCACUUUGCAUGUCUAAUCAGGAGUAGCGGGACUUAAUCCCAGCUAAGUGAUCAAAGCCUAAAGACUGUUUUUAAAAGGCUGUCAUUUUCCCACUUAACGAAAAGCUGAAAAUGUAGGGUUGGAAACUGCAUCCAUUACUUUCACUUAGACUUGGCUAGUAAUGCAUACUAAGACACAAGCAGAAUAUUCUACUUGCUGAGCUUCACUUCUGUGUUUGUUCCAAUUUUCGCAGAACAUAAAUGCUGCCAAGUCUAGCUUCUUGCCAGAGAAAGAAAAAAAGGAGCUUCUCUACAAGCUGUAUGAAGCCUAUGGGAUGGUACAAAGCACAGAGUUCUGAUCCAUAUGAUGCCAUCUACUCGUGACCUCUUUUCCUGACAACUUCAUGGUAGUCAGAGACCUCCAUUUUGUUUCUUUGAAGACAACGCACAAACUUAGUACUGUGUUACUAUCUUGUUUACUAUUACCAUCCACAGAGUGGGGCAUACAGUAUAUAUAAAGAACAGUAUUCCUACAAUGUUUGUGUUAUAUUUGCCUAGAGCACCCAGAUCCCAUAAAUAAGAUGGGUGCUAUGAGUUUACAUGUUUGGUUUUUUUUAGACUAAAGACAAUAAUCUUUUCAGAGACUGGAAAGUUUGGAGGAGGGGUUGCUUCUUGUAAUGGCUGAAUUUACCUCUGUUUGCCAAAGUAGAAGCAGGUUUUAGAGACUGGAUUAUUUCAAGAACCUAGUUGACCAGAAGCGACAGAGAGACAAAAGAAUGUGUAUAUACAGCGGGGAAGCAAAGCAUCUCUCAAACCAUUUCCCUCUCUCUCUUGAAAGCUAUAACUUAUCUCUGGCCUUACUGAGAUUUCUCUGUAAUUUGUCUUCUGUAUGCCCAUACACUUGAAACAGAGAGAAUCACAACUGAGUUUUUUCAGAUGUUUAACAUCUUUUAGUGGGGAAUCUCUGAUAGAAAUGAGUAUUUCACUUUAUCCCUGGUUGUCUGAUUGUUUGACACAGUCAUAGGCUGGGUUUAUUCCUUCCUUGAUUCUGCUUGGCCUUAAUACCAACUAAAACUUACUUAAAUGUCAUCAAAUUCUUUGGAGCUAAUACUUAAAGAAUAGUGGUUCUGAUCCAAGGAUUGUUGAGUGCACCUGGAAGAUAACAGUUCCUACCUGUAUUUCAGGAAUGCUGGGAGCGUGCAUCACUAUCCAGAAGAGAGUGUCAAUGGUGAUCACCUUGAAUGACUCUUCUGAGUCACAUGCAUCUGAUCUGUUCAUAUAGGUCCCAAUAUAGCAAGGGAUCGCUGCCGAAUUGGGGCAAAUUACUGUAGUCCAGAUUCAGCAUCUUGCCUUUCCCCAAAUUAGAUUUGUCCAAGAUGUCUUAAGCUGUGUAUGUUGAAAAGAACAACACAGCACUUUAAAAAGGAUUGAUUUGCAAAAGAAGCAAGCUCCUUUAUUCCAGUACACUUGCUUUGUCUGCUGCCUACGCUAUUGGAACUGCUGCCCUUUUUAACUAGCAUUUUUGACUAAGCUCUGUUUUAUAUAGCAUAAUGUUUUUUUCUUGUCUGUUACCAACAGUAUGGUAAAUUUAGCUAAUGGUGCUAAGUUAUCUGGUAGGUUUUCAACUGCCUGGUACACAAACCAGUUAGGCUGAAUUUCUGGAAUUGAACUUCAUGGUCUUUUGAUGCACACUCCCCCCCCCCCGAUCCAUGGAACUGAUUUGACUUAUGCAAAUACUUUGGUUUAACCAAGUUAUGGUCAGUCUGUAAGUAAAUACCUUAAAAACCACAUGUCAGUGGUCUUUUGCAGAAAUAUAAAAUAUAGUAUCCAAAUCAAAGUAAUACUUCAUCACCAUGCCAGGAGGCCUCAUCUUGCAUACAUUUGUGGGAUUUCUCCUAGUGAUUAUAAUAUUCUAUUUUGCAUCUUUUAGAAAUACGUACUCAUUUGUUGGAGAAUCUUUUAAAAAUAUCCACAAAGUCUCCAUGUAUCUGAGCAGAUCCUUUUGUCCUUGUAUUUCAUUAUAAGGAACCUGGAAGUCUUGUACUUGCAAGGAUAAGACGAAUGUACUACAGAAUCUGUCUCCUAGACUCACGGAAAUCUUCCACUCUGGAACUUGAAACUCCCAAAUACAUGUGCUUUGAUCUGAACUUCUAUUCUUUCCGUGAACAGAACAGAGUUCAUAGAACAGGGAUUUCUUGAUUCUCCCUUCCCUUUGCAUAUCUGCAUAUCUAGGGACUGGGGAGCCUUGGAUGUGUUGUGAGAUACGUUGUGGGGCUGCAGAUGGAGGAAGGAGUUGGCAAUAUUUGCUCCCCUCUUACAUGAACAGAGCAGCAUUUAAAGUGGAUCUUUUAAAUUAUGUAAUUUUAUCAGAUUUCUAGAAAAGUGAACAGCAUUUGUGCACCUCUAAAGAUGCCUCAAGGUGCUUUCAGUAGUAGAGCAUGAAUAGUUUGUGCAGUGGCUCAGCAUAUGUUAAAAUACCCAGGUUUUAUUUAUUUUACCUUUGUGCUUCAUUCAUAAGGAAUAGUUGUUGAGGGCACAAACAGAUAAUCUAGCAAAAGUGCAUCUGCUGCAAGCACAUGUUUAGCUCCCCUUCCAUAAUGUUUAAUAGAACUUACUGAUUUGAUCACGACACACCAUGUUUCUGCCCACUUCCAAGUGGCAGCCAACAACAUGAAGUGGCGUUGUGACAUCAGAAUGCAGUUGAGUUCUUCUAGAUGUCAUGGACAGGAGGGUGGUGCCUAAAACCUCAGUUACCAUUUUCAGUAACAGCUGUGCACUUGAUAUAAAUCUGGCUUGGUCCAGAGACACAUGUCUUCAGCCACACAAAAGUGAAUUCACACAAUCGUGUGUUUUUUCUAUCGACAGAGCAGGAUUUCUUAUCUUAGUUUAACAUUUCUGGACUGACGUACUUGUGAACAUGGCUGGCGCACAAUCUAAAUGUGUAUUAAACUGUUCACAACAAAUGGAGGCUUAUUGUAGGCUUCUACCCUGAGCUGAAAAUGAGACUGAGGCCCUUUAUAAAACGAACAUAUCUUUAUGCUUUUUUAAAAAAUGAAAAGAAUCUAUAUCAAGGAGCUGGACUUGCUUUAAACACUGUUUCUUUGUGAAAGGAAAGCUCUUCACAGAGCCCUUUGUCUGUUCGAGCUUAUCACCAAGUAGCUCUUGACAUUGCUGGGACUAGUGGCCCCUUUUUUGUCUUAAGUGUGGCCGUGAAGUGUUAGUUUUGUAGGACAUAGGAAUGACACACAUCUUUGCUUUCAUCACAAUGCAAGCAGGGCUUAUUGCUAUCAGAGAUAACAAGUGGUACAUGCGAACCUAAGUCUGCAUGACCCAGAGCCUGUAUAUCACUGUAUUUCUGAUGCUGUACUACUAAUUAUUCUAUAUAAUAGUGAUAUAGGCUUAGGUUUACAAUGUUUUUAAAAGUUCAUAAACACAGCUGAGGAAAUCAUACAAUGCCAUAUUUCGGUGGUUAUAUAGGCUGGUAUUACAAAGCUUCAGACACCAAAAAUAUGCCUCUGAUGAAUGGCUUUGAUGUCACGGGGUCGCAUGUGAAAGAGAGACUGAGCCUUGCAUAGUGCUUGUCUCCAAAAAUAAGUUCUGAAUGUAAACUAUAAUGUCUUAUGUAUAACCAAGAAUAUAUAUAUAGGAAUUAUUUUGUUAUUUUUAUAAUGUCAAUGAAAAGUUAUCCUUAUAAAUUUUUCUUAUGUUGUUCACAUCCUGAAGAACAAAGGAGAAUUUUUAUUUUGGUUUAAUGAAAUAAAUUCCAUUUUAACUAUAUGCAUAUGUCACUGUUGUUGUUGAUUUCAAGCCCAAGUCUGCAAGAUGUGAUUCAAUU